AGCUAGCAACUACACAUAAUCAAACAUGAGAAACGUCGUUGCGCGCAGGUCAUGCUUCCUCGUCCUCGUCCUCCUCCUCCUAUUCACAACCCAAUUCGCAUCGGCUACCAAGAAAACCCUCAACAAGGAACACCCAUGCAAGAGAUUGGUCCUCUACUACCACGACAUACUCUUUGAUGGCAGCGACGUGGCCAACGCGACGUCUGCGACGAUCACUAACGAGACUAGGCUCGGCAACUUCAAGUUUGGGAAGCUGGUUGUGUUCGAUGACCCCAUGACGAGAGAUAACCAUCUUCACUCCCCAGCGGUCGCUCGAACUCAGGGCUUCUAUUUCUACGACAUGAAGAGUAACUACAACUCGUGGUUCGCCUACACCUUGGUGUUCAAUUCGGCAGAACAUAAAGGCACAUUGAACAUUAUGGGUGCAGAUAUAAUGGCAGCUCAAACUAGGGAUCUUUCUGUGGUGGGCGGAACCGGAGAUUUCUUCAUGGCAAGAGGAAUCGCGACCAUGGAGACCGAUACUAUUCAAGGAGCCAAGUAUUUUCGCCUCAAAAUGGAUAUCAAAUUAUAUGAGUGUUAUUAGAGAAGCUUUCUUCGUGGAGCUCUCAUUCUUCUGUGUUUUUUGCAAGAAGAGAGAUUCAAUGUUUCUCCAAUUAAGCAUUUUUCGUUCAUGUUGCGAUUGGCACUU